AUGACCGACCCUCUGAUAUUGCACCGCUUCCUGCAAGAAGGGGGAGCAAAUUCUGCCACUGCAACAAAUGCCCCAACCACCGCUGACGCAGUUGAACCGACCAGUCCCAACGAUACGGCUGUUCUCGUCAACACACUGCUGAUUUAUGGAAUCCUUUUCAUAAUCAUUUCACUCCUUUUCUGCUGGUUGCGACUUCGGAAUCCUCGUGUCUACAAUAUCCGAGGAUGGGUGAAAGAUAUUAGAUGCAAACUGGCCAAGAAUCAGUUUGGAUUCUUCAGCUGGGUCUUUGAGCUGAAUGACAUUCCCGACAAGCAAUUUAUGGAACAGUGUGGAAUGGAUGCAUUAUGCUUGGUCAAGAUACUGCGAUGGGCAUUCAAGGUGUCAGCCGUGAGCGCUCUAAAUGCCUUGUGGCUGAUCCCUGUUUAUGGGUCUAGUAAAGAUUCACCGGAAACGGCCUACAUCACCGAUUACAUUGCCUCCAUUACCGUGUCACACGUGCCACCAGGCAGUCCGAGGUUGAUUGCAACCACCAUUGCUACCUACAUUGUCUUUGGGGCUGCCUUGUACUUCUUAUACCAAGAGUUUGACUGGUUCCGACAACACCGCUUCCGAUGGUUGCAUCAGGCCAAACCAAGAAACUACACAGUCUACGUUCAUGGGAUCCGAGACGAGUUCAAAGCAGACUAUGAUUUGGCGGACUAUUUUCAAGAGAGCUUUGGUCUCGGUCGGGUACAAGAAGCUCAUUUGAGACUCGACACACCCGAACUGCUCGAAAUGACCAUGAAACGACAGGCUCUUAUCAAAAAGCUAGAGCAUGCCAUCAAUAUCCAACAAGUCAAGAACGAAACACCAACUCACAAAGUCAAUGGGGUACAAGUGGACUCGAUUGAAGCUUACGCCGACGAGCUGCAAGAAAUGAACCGAGAGAUUACCGAAAGAAUCGAGUUUUUGGAAAUUGGAGGGUACGAUUCAGACGACACAGAAGCUCAAAUGAUGGAGAGUGCACGUCACGCCGAGGGAGGCCCGUUGGAUGGAGGUUUCUUGACUUUCUACAAUCUCAGCAGUACUCAAGCUGCACGACAAAUGAAUCACGCUCGAAUGCCAUUUGAGAUGCAGGUGUGGGAAGCUCCAGAUCCUGAAGAUGUUCUUUGGCCAAAUGUGGGCAAGAAACAUGCUGAAAUUCAGGUUGGCAAACUAACAUCCUUGGUCCUGACAAUCACAAUCUGCUUGCUUUGGACUAUUCCAAUCAGUUUCUUCUCCGGGUUAUCAUCCGUUGAGGGAAUGGAAGAACAGUUCGAUUUCAUCAAGGAAGCAAACGAAAAGUACCCUGCUCUUAGAGCAAUCUUGGCACAACUCGCACCUUUCUUGGUUGUCAUUGUCAAUGCGCUGCUUCCUGUCAUUUUGAAGGCUCUUUCCGUAAAGGAGUGCCACAUCUCCAACGGGGCGGUCCAAGCCUCUUUGUUUACCAAACUCUCCUAUUUCAUGGUGAUUCAAACAUUCUUCGUGUCGGCACUCGCAGGGAGUCUUGUGUCGCAGUUGUCUCUCCUGGCCGAACAGCCAACCCUCAUUGUGGAAGUAUUAGCAAACGAGCUCCCAACAAAAUCUACGUUCUUCAUCCAGCUUGUAUUCAUCAGCACGGUGCUUGGCCUGGGCAUUGAACUGUUAAGGGUUGUCCCUGUCAUUAUGGCUUCCCUAAGAGGAUGUUUGGGCCCCAACUUGACCGAAAAAGAGCGCAACCAACCAUGGCUCUUCUUCAAUCCCCUUGCGGUGCCACCAGUCUUCAACCAUGCUUCAGUGCUGUCCAAUGUGGUCUUGUUUUGCAUGAUCUUGUUUGUUUACGCAGUGAUUGCACCGCUGACUGCUAUCUUUAUGGUGCUAAGUUUUCUGGUUCUCGCUGCCGGUUAUCGUCACCAGUUGAUUUACAUUUACCCUGCUACUCAGGAGAGCGGCGGAAGACUUUGGAUGAGUUUUGUGGGCAUCAUCCUGAAUUGUAUGCUCGUGGCUGAAAUCGUUAUUAUUGGUCUCCUUGCAUUGAAGCAGAGUGCAGUGGCAGCGAUCCUUGUGGCCCCAGUCAUUGCAGUUACAAUGUUGUUCAAGUCCUAUAUCAACCAAAGACACUUUCAGUCGAUGGAGUGCUUGCCAUCACAUGAAUGCCACAGGAAGGAUAUUUCCAGUGACUUUUACAUUACGGAGAGCUUUGAAGACUUGUACGUUCAACCAGAGUUGCUAGUCAAGGAAGCGUUUCCUGAGAAUGCCUCUGGCAAACUCCGCAAGAUGAUCUCCCUGGUGGAAAGAAGGAAGCCAAGCAAGAAAAAGAAACGAAGGAAGAGAGGACUCCCCCAGGAAGUGAAAGGGGGAAGAGGAGGGGGGGGGACCCCGCCUGCUAGCAUUUGA